UAACCAACUGAGCCACCCAGGCGCUCUGAAACUUACCAGCUUUUUGAAAAGAGUCCCUGUGUGUCAUGUGUGUCACCUGUGUUCCGGUGUGUCACCGGAGCCUAGCAGAGGCAGAAUUCUUGAUUGUAAGAAACCAAGUAACCAUGUGUCUGGAACUGUCCAUUAUGAGCUAGGUUCUGUCAGACCCACAGAGUCAUAAACUCAGGCAGGCCCAGCAACAUUCCAAAACAAGAUUGAAAUUGUGGGAUCAAGGCUAAGCAAGACCAGAAGAUAUGAGUUAACUGCAUGAGCAGAUAUCAGAGGACAUCAGAGUGUUACAGUCAAGACUGAAAGGAGUAAAACCUAGCCUAAAUUAAGGGGGAUUUACUAAGAAGAUAUUUGUGUUCUCAUGGCAAUGAUGACUCUCUAAGCUCAUGGAAAAUUGAACUGGCAUCUGGAAAAGCAUCAGUAACAAGGCUAUAUCAACUUAGACAGAAUGGUUGAUCAGCUCCAAGGAACAUGGAAAUCCAUUUCUUGUGAAAAUUUUGAAGAAUAUAUGAAAGAGCUGGGAAUAGGAAGAGCCAGAAGGAAACUUGGCUGUCUGGCAAAACCCACGGUGACCAUCAGUACACAGGAAGGUCUGAUCACUAUAAAAACCAGAAGCAUCUUUAAAAAUAAUGAGAUCUCCUUUAAACUGGGAGAAGAGUUUGAGGAAAAUACACCAGGUGGCCAUAAAACCAAGAGUGUGGUAAACUUAGAUAAUGACUCUCUGGUUCAAGUUCAGGACUGGAAUGGCAAAGAGACCACCAUAAAGAGAAAGGUGGUGGAUGGGAAAAUGGUGGUGGAAAGUGCCGUGAACAAUGUUAUCUGCACUCGGACAUACGAGAGAGUACAAACAAACUCAGCCUCCAACUCUUAAGCACUCCCAAAUUGUGAUACAGACUGCUGAGGCUGUUUAAAUAAAACUCCAAAGUAAAAUGUUAUGACUGCUAAUACGAGAGAGACUACGCACAAACGUUGGCAAUUUUGGUUUCCCAGCUUUGUAUACCUGUAUUCUAUGGUACUUUGGUAUUGGCAACUAUAGGAAACCAGAGUGAUAUUCAGGGCUGCUAUAAUAUAAUCAAAGUCACUUCAUAUUGAUUUUUUUUUCUCAUUUGACAUACUAUGUUAACCCUUUAUAUUCAACAUGACCUGCCCUAAUAGGGAAAAUAAUAUUAAUUUCCUAAAAAAACCCUUUUUAUAGGGGCUGGAGAUACAUCAGAAAACAAAACACAAAAAUCUAUGCCCUGUUAGAGUUUACAAUCAAGUUGCAUUGGAGGCUGUUUGGGAUGAUUCAGAUUUCAGAUUUAACUUAUUAUAGUAUAUAAUGAUUUGUAUUUAGAAAGAAUUUUGUCCUAAAUGCUCAGGAUUUUUUCUUUCAUAAUUGCGUGUUUGUUGGUUGAUCAGUACAGACAUUUCAAUUUGUACACAAUUCUUAACAUAUGUACCGAUAAUCUAAAAAAUCAUGUAGUUGUGAUUCUUUUCUAAAAGUUAUUCUAUGAUGUCCAGCUUAAAAUUUGGAGGCAAAUUUUCUUUGACAGUAUAUCAGGUACCCAUAUCUUCAAGGCUGAUGUGCUGUUACAUUGUUAAAUGCCAUCAAUUAACAAUUUAAUAGUAUAUACACUACAUACUCAUAUUUUCAAUCUUGCACAGCACAUUAACAAAGUUACUAGGAAAACUGGAUUACCACAACCAAGAUGUUACAGAGUAUACAAAAUUCUCACAGGGAGAACCAAGAUCAAAGAGUGGUCUUUUUUAGGAAACAAUUCUACCAAAAACAACAUCGGAAUAGAAGUACUUUAAAAUGUUCAAUACAUGUCAUUUGCCAAGA